UCGUCGUACAUCCCAGUUCCAAGCUCUCGAAUUGCUUCGCCAUUCCUUCAACCUCUCGCUUCUGGCAGCACAGUCAACCCCGCCAGCCCCAUCGCCGGCGAACCGCUUUCUUCUUCACCUUCGCAUCCCACCUCGCACGCCGAUCAAACUCCAGCUCGCUCGCUCGCACCCUCGCCGAUUGCCAGCUCCGCCGCUACGAGGCACACCGAGAAGGAAAUGGCGGCUCCGCAGCCAGCUCGGCGAGUCCUCUGCAUCGGAACGGCCGACACGAAGCUCGACGAGCUCCGCUUCCUCGCCGGCUCCGUCGAAUCGCACCUCGCCGCCUUCGCCGCCGGCCCUCGCUCUGCGGUGGAAGUUGCUGUCGUCGAUGUAUCGGCCGGUCAGGGUGAGAUUCGAAGUGUGGAAGGCCUAGUGUUUACCUCUCGAAAGGAACUGCUCUCUCAGUACUUCGAAUUCAAUGGCCAACAGCCGCAUGGACUUCCGGACGACAGAGGCGAGGCGGUCUCGUUAAUGUGCAAAGCGCUGGAGAUUUACCUGAAAAGAGCUAGCGAGGAUCAGAUUCUAGCUGGAGCUAUCGGACUCGGAGGAAGCGGAGGCACCUCUCUCAUAGCAUCCGCAUUUAGAGCUCUUCCGCUGGGUUUGCCCAAGGUAAUCGUGUCGACCGUGGCUAGUGGACAAACGGAGCCUUACAUUGGAUCGACAGAUUUGGUGCUAUUUCCUUCUGUGGUGGAUGUGUGUGGGAUUAAUAGUGUGAGUAGGAGGGUGGUGUUUUCCAAUGCUGCGGCUGCUUUUGCUGGAAUGGUGAUCGGGAGGAUUGAUAGGUGCAGUGAGGAAAAUAAGGCGGAUGCCAAGUCAACUGUGGGUAUUACUAUGUUCGGGGUUACGACUCCGUGCGUGAGUGCUGUGGUAGAGAGAUUAAGUAAGAAUGGUUAUGAGACUUUGGUUUUCCAUGCCACAGGCGUUGGAGGCAGGGCCAUGGAGUCUUUGGUUAGAGAAGGAUUCAUACAAGGUGUUUUGGACAUCACGACAACUGAGGUUGCUGAUCAUAUUGUCGGAGGUGUUAUGGCUUGUGACAGUUCUCGUUUUGAUGCUAUUAUAGAAAAGAAGGUUCCUCUAGUCCUCAGUGUGGGUGCCCUAGACAUGGUGAAUUUUGGAGCUAGAGAUACCAUACCUUCUAUUUUUCAGCAAAGAAAGAUCCUUGAACAUAAUAAACAGGUUUCACUUAUGCGAACUACAGUUGAGGAGAACAAGAAAUUCGCUGACUUCAUAGCGAACAAAUUGAACAAGUCAGCAUCAAAAGUCUGCGUUUGUCUUCCGGAGAAGGGUGUUUCUGGUUUGGAUGCACCAGGAAAGCCAUUUCAUGACCCUGAUGCUACUGCUGCUCUUGUAAACGAACUACAGAAACUUAUUAACACAAACAAUGACAGAAAGAUCAAAGUGUAUCCUUACCAUAUCAAUGAUGUGGAGUUUGCAAAUGCAAUUGUUGACUCCUUUUUGGAGAUUAAUAAGAAGAAUGGGAAAGAAUUCAGUCCUCAAAUUUCUGUAGCCGUAUCUAUUGAAGAUUCCAAUGUGGGAGCAGUACCGACGAUGGGUUAUUCAAGCUUCAAGGCCACUAUUUACUCUCCAAGUGAUUUCCCAGAUGCACAUCCAGAAACUUUGAAAAGAACACGAGCUAUAUUGCAACAGCUACAAGAUCAAAUAAAAAUAGGGAUUCCAAUAAUAGGGGCUGGUGCAGGGACAGGCAUCUCCGCGAAAUUCGAAGAAGCAGGCGGUGUUGAUUUAAUAGUUUUGUACAACUCUGGACGGUUUCGCAUGGCAGGAAGAGGUUCUUUGGCAGGGUUGUUGCCUUAUGCUGAUGCCAAUGCGAUCGUGCUAGAUAUGGCUAAUGAAGUGCUGCCUGUUGUGAAGGCAGUACCUGUUCUUGCUGGAGUAUGUGGAACCGACCCUUUCCGUCGAAUGGAUAACUUCCUAAGGCAAGUGGAGUCCAUUGGAUUUUUUGGGGUGCAAAAUUUUCCCACAGUGGGGCUUUUUGAUGGCAAUUUCAGACAGAAUCUGGAAGAAACAGGAAUGGGAUAUGGCUUGGAAGUUGAGAUGAUAGCAAAAGCUCACAAAAUGGGUCUAUUAACAACUCCUUAUGCUUUUGACGAAGAUGAAGCUGCAGAAAUGGCAAAAGCUGGAGCUGAUAUUAUAGUGGCUCAUAUGGGCCUCACAACUGCUGGUUCAAUAGGUGCAAAGAGUGCUUUCACAUUGGAGGAAAGUGUAGUUCGUGUACAAGCUAUUGCAAAUGCCGCACAUAGGAUCAAUUCCCAUGCUAUCGUCUUAUGCCAUGGAGGUCCUAUAUCUGGUCCAAAAGAGGCAGAAUUCAUACUGAAGAACACUGAGGGAGUUCAUGGGUUUUAUGGUGCAUCGAGCAUGGAGAGGCUACCCGUUGAACAAGCAAUUAAAAGCACAGUCCAAGAAUACAAAUUGAUAUCCCUGAAGUGAGGUUCACCGUAUCACUCUGUGUACUAAGAUGUUAAUUACAAGUUUGUACUUCCCUACAUCUGAGUACUAUGAUUUUAACAAUAAAUUGAUUGGCAAAUUUUUUUGUGGCUGAAUAAUGAAUUAUAUCCCACUUUAUCAA